GGGAAAAAAACCAGUUUACUUUAUUACCUGUGCCGCCAUAGUUGAAAUCAAAACAGAAUGGCGAUCAAAUUGAUCCCAUUUUCUGUUUGUAUCUUAUACUUAUCUUUGAAUUUUAGACUUGCAGUCACAAAAUGUAACAUACCAUUCAUAUACCACGGAGAUUGGUAUUCACAAGAAGCUGGUGUUGAUGUGAAGACAAAUGUUGCAUUCGACAAAUGGAGACGUGAUUCUGUGCCACAGGAACAGCUGGAAUGUGUAGAAAGAUAUACCCAUCCACAACAAAGCUCUAUCAUUGGUGGAAUGAAUAGUUCCAUGGUUAACAGUACAAUGCUGAUGUCUAUAUUUGGAGAAACCGAUGCAAACAAAUGUUAUUACUGUAUAGAUGUACUGUACAGGACUCCAAAUAUUAUACAGUACAGAAGACAGGAUUGUGUUAGGUUAAGUUCAGGAAACAUUUCUAUUGAUACAUCAUGCACAGGUAAAAAAGAGGGCUUACCUGAUAUGGACAAUGCAGUCACUAUGUUUCGGCGAUCUGUAGUCAAAUUAAACUGUAUUACUACAAUAGAAGGUGUAUAUCAAUUUUCCUAUGAAGUCGGAGGAACAACUUCACUGGGUGGUAUUUGUAAUGAGCCAAGAAGUAGGAUUGAAGCUUGUCAAGAUCCUGGUUCUGCUUAUGUUGAUAACAGAAUGUUUCUGAUGAAUUUUGCCAAAUGCCGUGAUGUAUCAACUUCUGUAGAUCAACAGAUCAGAUACCAGUGUAUGGGAGCUUGGUAUGCUGUAAAGAAUAAGGUUGGAUAUAUGUUUGCAGCUGUUGCUGAUACAGUAGAGGCAGACGAAAGGGAAAGGUUCAAAUGUAUGAUGACAUUGAAAGAUCAGAAGGAUCCUAAUAACCAGGUCCGUUGGGUGAUGAGUCGUUUCCCUACAUGUACAAGUUUAAAUAGUAUUUAUAGUGGUGACAGAAAACUUGUGUUAACAAGAGUUAUUCCAACAACAAAUUACCUACCCCCACAGUGUGUACUACCAAGGAACAUGUCUGGCACAUGGUUUACACAAGGUCAACAGUUCAAAUCUGAUGUUUAUAUAAAUGAAACACACAUUGCUUAUAAGACAAAGAUAAACGAGUUUGAGCUGCUAGAGACGUAUUAUUCUUGUCAACAGACACAAGGAACAAGAUACAUGAUGACUAGAGUUACAGCUGGAAGAUGUGAAGUGGAUUUUGUUUGCUUUGAUUUAAUGCCAAGACAUCACAGUGUUAUCAGAUACAGAGUUGGUAAACCAAGUAGACUGUCAGAUGACGACGUAGGAAAUUUCAUGGUGAAGAAAUUCAGAGAAACCUGUAGUUGGAUGUCUUUUACAUACAACAGAGAUGAAACAGACUGGAAAUAUGAAGUUCUUAUUUUGAACCCACCUACUCCAGUGCCUUGUCCAAUAGCAGGACGAUUUAACUUUGAGCAGUGGCCAGUAAAAGAUAGUGAGAAGAUUGUUACCAGGAUCAGAGGUGUUACACCAAGACCACGUAUACAGGUUGAUUGCAGGAUCAUUGUUUCAGAAAUAAAGUCUUGUCCUGUUGAUAUGAACAGGAUAUCUAUUGAUGCAGAGUACUGUGAAACUGUAGAUUACAGAGGACGUCCCAUUGGAGAAUAUGAUGUAUCUGAUUAUGAUUUGACCUGUGUAGGGUUUUGGAUGGAAGAUUAUAAAUCUUAUCUUAUCACAUGGGAUGAGGAAGAUGCCAUUUCAAAUUUUAGAUGCUGGGUUUAUGAACGUCUUAGCUGGACUGAUGUUAUGAUGUCAAGGUCUCAGAACGCACGAUGUGUGCCAGAUCAGAGGGCAGAUUCAUUUCAAAUACCUGGUACAGGGCUGGCUUUGAAACUGACAGAAAGUGAAAGACUAUUUGAUGAUUGCCCACAGAGAUUUGAUCCUGGAUUAGAUCCAUACAGAAAACCAACAAUAAUUUACAUAUUAAACAAAAGUACAGCUGUUACACCAUCCAUCAUUAUCAUAUCAAUACUAUCAUUAUUGUUGACAUUGAUUCACUGAUCAUUGAACCUUGAUCAUUGAGAGCCUGUGCCAUUAUACACACAUUAACUACAGAAUGGAAGAGUCAAGCAUGUAUGUUGGUGUUUUGACUUUUGAAUGUUAGAUAUAUUGUGAUAUAUGACAUAUUCUGUAUGCACCAUACAUUUUGUAUAGUGUAAAGAUGACAAUGUUAUCAUGAAAUUAUAUCUUAUGUUUAUACAUGUUAUACUGCCAGGUUUACAUUACAUAUAGUUCAUCAUUAAUUUUCAAUCAAAAAUUUACAGGAUUCAAGUUAAUUUUAGUAGAUUAUUCUCUAUAUUAUAAUUAAGAUCUGAUAUGUCUGAAUAUAUGAAAGUUUUCAUGUAUAUGUUUUUUUUUAUUCAAUAGCUAUACAUAGAUCUGACAUGACUAAAUACAUGAAAGUUUUCAUGUAUAUCUUUUUUGCAUACAAUAGAUACAUCAGUUUGUUUUGUGAAAGAAAAUACUGUCUUAUAUACUCCUUCUUUUGUAUACCAUUAACUUUGGAUUUUUUUUAUUAGAUAGUCACAGAAGAUAUUAUAUUCUAGUAUGCAUAAUUUUCAUAGAUACUUCAACUAUACUCAGAAAACAUUUACUCAUUCUUCAAAGAAUCUCACUUUACCUUAACAUUGGAUUAUUAUUAGAAGUUUAGAUCUUGUAGAUGACCUUAUACUCAAAAACUUUUUGCAAUAGAAAAUAGGAUUAGUUGUUGUUUAUCAGUAUUUUGCCAUACAAGUGACAUUUUCUAAUAGUAACUUAACCUUUAAAAUCUGAAAACUCAAACAAUAUCUUUAAUCUGUAUGCAUUACACUUUAUACAGGCCUACUAUAUUUUUUAUAGUUCUGCAUAUUAUGCACUAGUUUUGAUUGAGAUUAAAAACUGUUGUCUAAUAUAAUGUGUACUGAUAUUAUGAUUUAAACAAUAUUUUAUGCACUGGUAUGUUUAAAAGGGAAAAAAAACUUUUUCAGCUUGUUUUUCUUUUAAGUUUUAUGACCAAUUAAUUAUGUAUAAUAUUCAAUGAGAUUCUUGUUGUAACUGGCAGGUUGUAUAUAACUUUUUACAGUGUUAUACUUCCUUCUCCUUUAGGAGAUUAUUGACAUUUACAUAUUGUAGUUAGAAUUUCUCAACAAUGUUACCAAUACUCCUUUUACUUUGACUCAUUUAAUUCUCAAGUUAUUCAUCUGUUUUGAAUAUUAAAGGGAUUUUUAUCUGAAAAAAUGAGAUUCUGAUUUAGCAUAAUAUGAGAAAUUUCUGUGUUGGAGAUUUGAUAUUUAAAAGUGCUUCCAAAAUUUGAGAUUUCUUUAUUCACCUAAAUGAUAUUUCUAAUCAUAUUGCUUAAAGCCUUUACAGUCAAAACUGUAUAAGAGAUUAUUUUGAGGUGAAGAAAAGAAAGAGUUGCUUUCAAAUCUGUUUAUGAGAUUAUUUUGGAUAAUGAAAAAAAGCUUUUCUGUCAAAUCUGCAUUUGAUUAUUAAAUUUUAAGGUGAUUAAAAGAGAGCUAAACCAUCAAAUUUGUAUUAAGAGAUUAUUUUUGGGUGAAGAAAAGAGAGCUUUUCUGUCAAAUAUGUAUUUGAGAUUAUUUUUGGGUGACGAAAAGAAAGCUUUUCUGUUAAAUCUGUGUUUGAGAUUAUUUUUUUGAAUGGUUAAAAGAGAGCUUUACAGUCAAAUCUGUAUAAGAGAGAUUAUUUUUGGAUGGGUUAAAGAGAGCAUAACAGUCAAUUCUGUAUUUGAGAUUAUUUUUGGGUGAUGAAAAGAAUUCUUUUCUGUUCUGUGAGACCUGUAUUAGAGAUUAUUUUGGAGUAGUUAAAAGAGAGCUAAACAGUCUAAACUGUAUUAGAGAUUAUUUUUGGAUGGUUUUAAGAGAGCUAUUUAACAGAUUGAUUUUGGGUGAUGAAAAGAAAGAGGCAGUGGAUGUGGAAAGCCAUUAUUAGUAAAUUGACUUUUCAAUUAGUGUGGAAAAUGUAAUAAAUAAACACAGCACCUUAAUAAACGGCCUUUUUAACUUCUUGAAAUUCUUGUUUUUUGCUGCCAUGAUUGAAAUAAUAUGGGCAAGUCUCCAAAUCUUCAGCACCAAUAAUAAAAUAGUACUUUGAUGUUUUUAAAAUGGUUGGGGGAGCUGCAUAUGCCCUGUUUUAGCUUACAAUCAUAUUAUUUUUAAUCAUUUUUAUAAAGUAUUUUAUUAAGAAAUACAUGUCCAUGAUGUAUGAACUUGAAACAUCAAAAUAUAUUGGCUUUUUGGGGGGGAGUGGUGUCAUCAAUAUGCAUUUAUAGGUGAUACUGGUAGGUUUUAUUUUUUAUAUUCAAAGUGCUUUUUGUAAAUUGUAUAUUUCUUGAUACUUGAUUAUAAAUAAGAUUUCUCAUGUAUGUUUAAUGUGUCUAUAUUGUACAUAUUUAUUAUAAAAAAAAAGAAUUGUUAUACUAUUUACAGCCAAGAGUGAAUUUACAUGCACAUUAAACCUUAUACAUGUACCUUUAACUGUAUUUAUUUCUAAUAUUAUUGAUUACUAGAAAUUAUUAGCAAAAUAUCUUCAAAUUUGAUCACAGAUAAAAUAUGUAGAUUUAAUGUCGCUUGGCUACAAAAAUUUGGAGUUUGAGUAUACCUGAUAAAGGUAAAUCCAGAAAAGCGCUUCAGUUGCACCAAAUUUAUAAAGUGGUAUUUUCAUAAUUGAAUGACAACAGAAGUUAGUAAAAAUUUAUCAAUAAACAAAUAAACUGACAAAAAAGUUUACUGAUAGUUGAAAUUUAACAUAUUUUGAACUGGGUCAGCUAAUAGCUGAGAUAAUAAUGUUUGACAAACUCAAGUGAUGUGUCCACAUUGUCUAGUGAAUCGUGGUAUUUUUUUUUAAUCAUUGCAAUAAUGUUGUGUUUUUAUAGGUUGUUAGUCCACAUAUCUUAUACAUAUGCAUAUAAAGUAGCAUGUGUUUACUUCAUACAUAUCAUUUUAUGGUGUACAUUCCAUUUUGUAUAUUUUUCUUUUAUCAAAACAAUUGUAAUUAUCUUUUAUAUGAUUAAUUUUUAAAUGCAGUUAUUUUCAAUAAAUAUAAAUCUCA